GCGGGUCCCUCCACUCUCGGAUGUGGAUCAGAUGAUUCGGGCUGCAGCGGACUGAUCAGCACAGACAUGGAGGAGGUGAAUGACGGCGACUGUCAGCAGGACCGACUGCAGCUCCUCGCAGAGAAGAGGAAGUGGCAGACCGAGAUCGAGAACAAGAAGCGUCAGCUGGAGGACGACCGGAGAGCUCUGCAGCACCUGAAGUCGAAGGCUCUGAGGGAGCGCUGGCUGCUGGAGGGAGCUGCAGGACCAGAACAGGACGACGUGAGGAGACAGCUGGAGCAGGACAAGGCCAAGACUAGGAGCCUGGAGGAGACCAUCAACAGGUUGGAGCAGGAGCUGGUCAGUUUGGAAACUGGAGCCGGUUGUCAGACCAUAACACACACUACUGUGUCUUCAGGAUCAGUUACAGAGGUCAAAGUUCACAAAAGCCCCCGAAUGAUCAAACCGAGAGAGGCGACAGAGGAGAUGAAGAGAGGUGAGUCCCAGAGGAAGCCCUUUGUUUGUUGAUGUCCUGAAGAUGUCUGUGAAGGUUCUCAGUCAUCCAGGUCAUAGUUAUCCAACGAUGGUUGAGGUCCAGGGCAACUGGACUUUAUUGAAGAUGCUAGAAGACGUUUCGUCCCUCAUCCGAGAGACUUUCAUUUCUGACUGACUGGUAGGGAAACUCUAUUUAACGUCAGUGGGAUCGUUGGCUAGGAUCGUCAAUACCGCUGGUUCGUUAGUGCUCCUGGCUGUGGUAACGACAGUCUUCAUGG